AUGGCAACUACCACGACUCUGCUUGAAGGGCCAAAAUUUGAUCCAACCCUUCAACAAUCACCAACCCGACCCUACAGCUACUCUGAAGCCUACAUCCCCGCUCUCACUUCACAAUGCCAUGCUUCCAACCUCCUCCAGCUCCCAAAUGGUGACCUACUCUGCGCCUGGUUUGGCGGAAGCAUUGAAGGUCGACCUGAUAUCUGCAUUUAUAUGUCCUGUCUUCCAGCAGGACAUAGUUCCUGGACAGAGGCAGUGAAAAUGACGCACGACCGCACACGCAGCGAACAAAACCCCGUCCUCUUCCGUAGUCCCUCGAAUGGAGAAAUUCGACUGUUGUACACUUCCCAAGAUGCGGGGAACCAAGACUCGGCUAUCGUCAAACAGUUGAUCUCCGUCGACAGCGGUACUACUUGGUCAGAGCCAGCCGUCCUUUUUAGUGACCCGGGCACCUUCAUCCGCCAACCUGUCGUCGUACUACACGAUGGAGCAUGGGUUGUCCCCAUCUUCAAAUGCCGCGCUGAGCCAGAUACACGAUGGCUAGGGAGUGAUGAUAUAUCCUGUAUUCGGGUAUCAAAGGAUGAGGGCCAGACCUGGAUCGAGAAGGAGAUCCCAAACAGCUAUGGGUGUGUACAUAUGAACAUUCAACGACUGAAGAAUGGGUCCUAUCUCGGACUCUUCCGAAGCCGGUGGGCGGACUGCGUCUACCUAUCUACUUCUUCAGAUGGAUUGGACUGGAUUGAGCCUAAGCAGACUGUCCUCCCGAACCCGAACGCAGGUAUCUGUUUUGACGUCCUUCCAUCGGGUCGGGUAGUUCUGGUGUAUAACCACUCGUCAAAGCAGGACGCUCUCGGUCGGAGGAAUGGUCUCUAUGAUGAUAUCAGUGACGGAACCGACACAAGAGCUAAUCAGGCUACCAAGCAUGGGAAGGAGGCGUUUUGGGGAGCGCCUAGGGCCCCGUUGUCUGUUGCUUGGAGUGACGAUAAUGGUGCUACCUGGAAAUGGAAGACCCUAGAGGAGGGAGAUGGGUAUUGCCUGACUAACAAUAGUGAGGAGAAGCUCAAUCGUGAGUUGUCUUAUCCUAGUAUUCUGGUGGAAGGUAACAGGACUAUCCAUGUCGCAUUUACUUUUUGGAGGCAGCGGAUAAAGUAUAUGCAGUUGCGAGAAGACUUUUUCGAGGCAUGA